AUGGAUACCAAUGCACUUAUUGAUCUCGUACACGAGGUGCAGGGCCAGCUCUGGGUUGAUAAGCUUCCCUGUAAACUUGAUGGUACCUUCCACCACGGUGCAUUCAACGCUGGCAUAAAGAUGGUCUUUAGUGACACUACGGCCUGGAUGGCGUGGGGUCCCGCUACCAGCAAUCCACUUGGCCUCGGUCCGUUUAUCAUGAUGGACUUUAUUAACGGUGUGAGCCUUAGCGAUCUUCUUCGGGAUCCCAGUACCGAUCGCCCCAGUAGAGUUAUGAGGGAGGAUAUCAGCGAUCUUAAUAUUGAAAAUAUCUAUAGACACAUUCUACAGAAUGGAGGGGAACAGCUUGUUCACCAGCCAAACUCAAUUAUUGGUGAAUACAAUGCUAAGAACAAAUACGUGGCGUUCAAGGUUCUAAAAACCUUAAUACCUGACUUGAUCAAUACAAAGUAUGAUCAUUGCAAGUUUAAAUUAAUUUAUGACGAUCUUGGCUUGGCGAAUCUAAUUGUUCGUGGCGAAGGAGAUUUUACUGUUGUUGGAGUAGUAGAUCUUGAGUGGUCAUAUAUUGGACCCGCGCAGCUGUUUGGCUCGGCACCGUGCACAUGGGACUACGAGGGCGAAGAGCCCCCCAAGAUUACUCCCCGAUACUUUAAGUACCUAGAUAUCUUCAUACAUAUUUUGGAGAAGGAAGAGACAAAGAUACCAGGCCACGAGGAGAGAGAGCUAUCUAGCCUUGUUAAGUGGUCGCAAGCCUCUGGAGCCAUAUGGCUACACAUGCUCCUCUUAUCUGGCUUCAACGACCAUCGUAGUUUUCCUUUUACUAAGCUCCAUCAACAUGUAGGGUCUAGCGAGUGGGUUAAGCAUGAGAGGGAAUUUGACCAACCAGAAUUGCUUGAGGUGUUCGCGUCGCGGAAGAUCAAUAAGUUGGAUAACUAUAAUGAAGCCUUGGAGCAAAUGGAGGAGAGAAAAGCGCUUAUAGACAGCGGUAAGAUAACGAAGGAAGAAUUCGUUGCCACCGCUCUAAUGGAACCAUGGUAUUCCCCGUCAUCUGUGUCGAAUAAUGAGAUGACGAAUGACAACGGGUUGUUCUAUACAAUAGCUACUUGGCUUACCUUGCAGGCUGCAAAGUUGAGAGGAGCUACAUAG